UUUUUGUAAAUAGCAAAAAGGUCAGCUUGUGGUUGUGAAGCUGAUGGUGACAGUAGAACGCUGCUCAGAGUUUGCUCAUGUGCUGUUGUAGAAGUUGUUCUUACAUCCUUGGAAUUUUUAGUGGCUAGACUAAAAAACAGGACAGGGCUUGGAGCAACCUAGUGAAGCUACGACUUGCCCAUGACAGGGGUUAGGGACAAGAUGAUUUUUAAGGUCCUUUCCAACCCAAGCCAUUCUAGGAUUCUGUUCUAAGAAACAUGGGGGUUUAAAGGUGUUUGCAAUAGCUUAACAAAGCUGAAUACAGUGGGUGAACUAUGAACUACUUCAGCAGGAAACCUAGAAAUAUUUUUAAAAAAUAUGUCUGGAAGCUCUCUUGUCUCAUUUGUCCUGUGCUGGAGCAGUAACAGCUCUACCUUCACCAUUUCAAACCAAGGCAUUGAAUCCUGAGUGCUGCAUCCAGCCUACCCUCUGUAAGCUCACAAAGCUUUUCACUUUUGUACCUCAAAAGCUUUGUAUUAGCUUUCCUCCCAGAAGCGUUAAAGCAGCCUUAUCUGCUGCUGAGGAUUUGCCCUCGAGAAACCAGUCAUGAGAUACGAGGGUACAUCUUCCUACAUCACAGGUUCACGUUGCAUCUGGCUCAGGAGAUAGGAGGCCUCAUGACUUUAUUGCUUACUCAUAACGUCUGGUGUGUGGGAGCAGAAGGGACAGGUGUUGCUAUCCCCUGCUGCAGCUGUUGGUUUCAGUGUCGCUCCUGCACUGGCACAAACCUUGGCACAGGGUGAACACGGGGGUUUCGGUCACUUUGCUUUACUCUGGUGUGAUCUUCCUGGAGCUGUUCUGACCUGCCUUCUGUCCCAUAUGAAACCAGAGAACAACUGUGGCUGGGGCUGCCAGACUGCUGCUUCAGGCUAAACUCAUCUAUAUAUUUAUGUCUGAGAUUUUUUUAGGAGUCUGCAGGAACAUUUUUGCAGGUGGGAAACCUGAGCUUGAGAAAUUGGAGCACCUUGGCUGAAAUCAUCCAGUGCCAGUCUUGAGCUCUGCAUGUAGGCCACACUAUCUCCAAAGUCUCUACCCUAAAAACAACCUGAAUGGAAACAAGAAUCAAAAGAGCGGGCAGGUGUUACAUUUAUAACCAGUACACCUUUGCAAGCACUGCAGUUGUCUUUGUUCGUCAUGCUGGAGUGUGUCAUGAGAAAACUACAGCACCCACCCUGUACCACAUCAGAAAAUCACUGUGCUUUGGGCUUGUGCUACCUACAAGUGUCAUUUUUUGUACAAGCUGACAGAGGUGGCAGUCUGUGUACUCUUCUGAUUUAAACAAGACCCACAGGCCCUUCUUGGGCUGUUUGUACUAUCAAAAGGACAGUAAAACUCAUCCAGUGCUGAUAUAGAACCAUUUGUAACAACUCAGUAUGUGGAUGGAGGUUAGGUAUGCAGGGAACUGGUAUUGCUUGUUAAGAGUUUGCAGCUCUUGAAAAACAGCAUAGCUGUGUCAAAUUGGGUUGGUGUGUUACCUUUCAGGUGGAGAGUGGAGCUAAAUUGAAAGCUACUGAAAGUUCAGACAUGAAAAGCAGUUUUCCUUGGUUUGCCUAGCAGAAAUCAAGUGAAAUGCCAAAGUAGUUGCUUGAAGUCUGAGAAGUUGCUGCCUGGGCUGUAGGUUCAGAGCAGGUUCUCAAAUGUGCGGUGCUCCUGCUGUGCUUACUCAUGUCAUUGUUAUUCCUGAACAGCAGUUCUAGCUAUCCACAGUGUUUUUUUAGGAUAAAAACUGCUUUCAGGUUGGUUCGUUCAGUUUCAACUCCCCCCUUCUGGAAGGUUGUGCUGUAAAGACUGACAUAUGACUAUACCAAGCACAUUAAAUGAUAGCUGUUUGGUUUUUUCCCUGUGCCUAGAUAAGACUCUUGUAUCACAGGGAACUGUUUGUUGCUAUAAAACAACUUGUGACCCAUCAGAGUAGCAGCCUGACAUGUGAAACGUUUUACUUCAUUCUGAUUGGUCUUUACAUUUUAUGAUGUUUGGUGCCUGGAAGAAAACAGUUUACCAGUGUUCAUCAUUGAAAACAAUUUGUAAGGAUUUAUGAGAUCCUGGUGCCAACACCAGAAAAAAUAAACUUGUAUAUGAAAUUAUCAAUCACUUUAAAUUGACAUGGUUUUUUUCUGUUUCGAGGAAAGAUGGCCCGAACUGUAGGAAAUAUGUCUCCUGACUAGCUCUUCAUCACAUGUGAAAGCUCUGAUUACUGUAGUGGCUUUAGUGAUCCUCAUUUUAAUUUCUCAGAAGAAAAAUGUGUACCAUCUGGGAAAAGUUAUUACUUCUGUUGAUUUGUUUGUUUGGUUGGUUUUUUUGGGAGGUUUUUAUAGAUGCAGUAACUUACUUUUUUUGCAGGUUUUGUUCUGUGCUUUGCAAGGUGCUGUGGAGUCUAGAAAGCUGGAAUUGUUUGUUUAUCAUUUAGAGAUCUUUAAACUAGCUGCUUAUUUACAGCAUUAGAUUUAGGACUAGGGAAACCUUGCCAGAAAAUUACUGCCUAGGAAAAAGUACUGAAAAGGGGUUGUUCCUGGAACAGUAAAAGUGGUGAAAUGGGGUUUGGUUUACCAUGAUCUCCUCUUGAAACUCUGCAGGCAGCUCGAGCUAUUUGCCAUGUGGUCUCUAGAGAAGAAUGGGUCCGUGAUGCUGUUUUUCCCCUUACUUGGGGUAUUUGCAAGGAGGGGAUGGGCCCUGGCUGAAAAAGCUCAUUUUUGACUAUCCAUCAUUUGUGAUGGGUAUUCUGCUGUCAGAUCUGACUGAAAUUGAGUGGGAUUUCUGUGUUGUCUGUCAGGUUUUAGUGAUGCUUGUAAGUAGUAACGGUGGGACAUCUGAAGUCUCGUUACAUCCAUGCUGAGAGCACUUAAAAUCCUGAACAGCAUCAGGAGAUACAUCCUGAGCCUUCAGAGAGGCAGCUUUGAAGAUGACAGCAGUUAGUGUGAAGAAUGUGGGGCAUAUUCUGAUUUUGUACUGUGAGUGCACAAAACCCUAUUGAAGUCAUAUCUAUGUUUAUGGGCUGAACUGUUCAGCUUUUCGAGUAAAAUUUUCCUUUAUUCUUUUGGCAUUUAAACAAGAUGGUCAGCCAGUUCAUUCUGCACAAAAAGAGGGGGACACAAUAUCCACACAGUCCUUUUCUAAUUUUUUUUUUUUUUUUCCUAAUGGCCUUUAAGUUAUCUCAUAGCCUUCUUUACAAGCAAUGCCAAAGUAAAUUCUGAUGCCUCUUGGCCAUCUCUCAUUUUUGGAGACAAGCCAUACACAAAUGGUUGCACUUCUAUCUCCCAGUACAUAUAUAAUUAAAUCUGGCCCUGCAAUGAAAGAGAGAGACUGAGAAAGUUCCUGAGCAGGAGCAGAGGCUGAUUAAUACAGAUUAUUAGAGACUGCUGAUUGAAAGGUUGCAGCUGUGAUUGCCGUAGCAGGAAGAAGGGAGCAAGGUCUUAGUGCUCAUGAUGUUGUCUGCCAGGUUUUGUCUUCAGUUUAUGCUAGAAAGAUGUUUCUGUGUGCUGUCCUGCAUCCCAAAAUCAAACACUAUGCCCAUUGCCCCUCUGUACUUUAAGGGGAUGUUACUUUCCUGAAUUCCUCCCUAAAGCCAUGUGUUUUGACUGAGCAGCUGAGCUGACAGGUAUUAUUUGGUUUUGUUCUGUGUUUUUCCUUAACAGGCAACUGCGAUGUCGGUGGAUUGCUUGGGACAGCGUGCUGUACUCUCGGGUCGCCGUUUCCUCUAUAUUGUCAACCUGGAUGCGCCAAAUGAGGGUCACCGUAAGAUCUCCCGGCAGAGCAAGUGGGACAUUGGGGCGGUGCAGUGGAACCCCCACGACAGCUACGCCUACUACUUUGCAGCUUCGAGCAAUCAGCGUGUUGACCUGUAUAAGUGGAAAGAAGGUAAUGGGGAAGUUUGCACAUCUCUGCAAGGACACACACGUGUGAUCAGUGACCUGGACUGGGCAGUGUUUGAGCCAGACCUCCUGGUCACCAGUUCUGUGGACACAUACAUCUACAUUUGGGACAUCAAAGACACCAGGAAGCCCACAGUCUCACUUUCUGCAGUUGCUGGAGCUUCCCAGGUGAAAUGGAACAAGAAAAAUGCCAACUGUUUAGCAACAAGCCAUGAUGGGGAUGUCCGAAUAUGGGACAAAAGGAAACCCAGCACUGCAGUGGAGUAUUUGGCAGCUCAUCUCUCCAAAAUCCAUGGUUUGGACUGGCAUCCUGACAAUGAGUAUACACUGGCCACUUCCAGCCAGGACAACUCUGUCAGGUUUUGGGAUUACCGUCAGCCUCGGAAAUACCUCAAUAUCCUUCCAUGCCAGGUUCCCGUCUGGAAGGCAAGAUACACGCCUUUCAGCAAUGGACUGGUGACAGUGAUGGUCCCCCAGCUUCGUCGGGAAAACAGUCUCCUCCUCUGGAAUGUCUUUGACCUGAACACGCCUGUCCACACUUUUGUGGGACAUGAUGAUGUGGUGCUGGAGUUUCAGUGGAGGAAGCAGAAAGAAGGCUCUAAAGAUUACCAGCUGGUUACGUGGUCCCGGGAUCAGACCCUGCGCAUGUGGCGGAUUGACUCUCAGUUGCAGAGGCUCUGCGCUAAUGAUAUCCUGGAUGGAGUUGAGGACCUCAUUGAUGGGAUUUCUCACCUGCCAGAGCCAGACAAGACCCUUCACCCCCAGGAGGCGGAGCCCCAGCAUAACUCUGGACAUGGGGAUGAGGAAGCCUUAAAAGAAGAUUUCCUGAAUGACUCCCUGGUGGGAAAGAAAACCGACCAACUGGGGCUGCCUCAAACACUGCAGCAGGAGUUUUCACUGAUCAAUGUGCAGAUCCGAAAUGUCAAUGUGGAGAUGGAUGCGGUGAGUCGCAGCUGUACGGUGUCGGUGCACUGCGGCAACCACAGAGUCAGGAUGCUGGUGAUGUUCCCUGUCCAAUAUCCCAAUAAUGCUGCACCGUCCUUCCAGUUCAUCAACCCAACCUCCAUCACAGCUUCCAUGAAGGCAAAGCUGCUGAAGAUACUGAAAGACACUUCCCUGCAGAAAGUGAAGCGGAACCAGAGCUGCCUGGAGCCUUGCCUGCGUCAGCUGGUCUCCUGGCUGGAGUCUGUUGUGAACCAAGAGGACAGCACGUCCAGCAAUCCCUACGCUUUGUCCAACUCCGUAACGCCCCCCUUGCCCACGUUUGCCCGGGUCUCCAAUGCCUAUGGCUCCUACCAGGACUCUAACAUCCCAUUUCCACGGACCUCUGGAGCCAGGUUCUGUGGUGCAGGGUACCUGGUGUAUUUCACGAGGCCCAUGACCAUGCACCGUGCCGUGUCCCCGAUGGAGCCCACACCCAGGUCUCUGUCGGCUCUAUCAGCGUACCAUAGUGGCCUCAUUACUCCAAUGAAGAUCCGCACGGAGACUCCAGGCAACCUGCGUCUGUACAGUGGGAGCCCAACACGCAGCGAGAAGGAGCAGGUCUCCAUUAGCUCCUUCUACUACAAAGAAAGGAUGUCUCCUCGCUCUGCCCGGCGACGUUGGUCCAUACAAGCAAUUAACGACUUCCCGAAAUCAAGGAGGUGGAAAAGCAAACGAGAGGGGACAGAUACCAACAACCGACCCAUCAAGGCUGCUGGCAAAGUUAUUAUCCAAGAUAUUUCCUGCUUGCUGCCUGUCCACAAGCUGCUGGGAGAGCUCUACAUACUGAACGUGAAUAACAUCCAGGAGACUUGCCAGAAGAAUGCUGCCUCAGCCUUGGCAGUGGGGCGGAGGGAUCUCGUACAGGUUUGGUCACUGGCCAUGGUAGCCACUGAUCUCUGUCUUGGACCGAAGUCUGACCCAGAUUUAGAGAUACCUUGGGCACAACAUCCAUUUGGACGUCAAUUACUGGAGUCCUUGCUUGCUCAUUACUCACAGCUUCAUGAUGUACAGACCCUGGCCAUGCUCUGCAGUGUGUUUGAAGCCCAGUCAAGGCUCCAGGGGUGCCCCAACUCUUGUGUCCCCUUUCCUCAGCGCGCCUCCAACCUGGCCUCCCACAGCCGAUAUCCCAGCUUUACUUCCUCCGGCUCCUGUUCCAGCAUGUCAGAUCCUGGGAUUGGCACUGGAGGCUGGAGCAUAGCAAACAAAGACACGGAGCAGACCUCCACUCCCUGGUGCGAAUCUUCUCCGGAUGACUUUCGCUAUGGAAACCUAAUGUAUCCUGACCAUCGGGAGCGGGAGAAGGACCAGCAUGAGAAAAACAAAAGGCUGCUGGAUCCUGCCAAUACUCAGCAAUUUGAUGACUUCAAGAAGUGCUAUGGAGAAAUCCUUUAUCGCUGGGGCCUGCGAGAGAAGCGGGCUGAGGUUCUGAAGUUUGUCUCAUGUCCUCCUGAUCCCCACAAGGGAAUUGAUGUCCUGUCUUCAUCUCUGAUCCUGGGCUGAAGUGUCCUUAUGCUAGAAUUGCAAGAUCUCUAACUAGGUGAGCUAGCCAGCAAAUAGGUAAAGAGAACUUCUCUCCUUGAAUACUUUCAGCAGUGUAGAUACCCAGCUUAAAAACAGCUUCCAAAUUGUCUUCUUCACAGACCUCUGGGAACAGAUGUGCUUGACCUGGGGGAAGAAAAACAGGUGAAGGAUGCUAGAGACAUAGCAGUAGUCUCACCUUGUCACCCAGGACAACUUCUGGGGAGUAACUGGAGUGAAAACAGGUGCCCAUGGCCUUUGCCUCUCCAUGGCUGACAGUCUGAUCCAGGGGGCAUCAGGUGGGCUCUCUGAUGAGAAAUGGAGACUCUCCUUGCUUGCUUAGUGACACUUCCUGGUGGUAAGAGGUGGAUGAGAACAGCAGGAAGCCUUAACGAGUCAGUGUCUCCAAAGCUUGAAAUCCAACCCACAUUUCCAGCAGACAGCUGUAGCCAUCCAGGGGAAUU